CUAGUUGCUUGGAUAAUGUCGGCCAAACCCAUUCUGUACUACGCCCCCCGCAGCCCCCCAUGUCGUGCUGUUCUGUUGACGGCCGCUGCUUUGGGUCUGGAGUUGGAUUUACGUACUGUCAACGUAAAAGCCGGAGAGCACAAGUCCGCCGAGUUUCUCAAGCUGAAUGCGCAGCAUACGAUCCCCGUGCUCGAUGAUAAUGGCACUAUCGUGAGCGAUUCGCACAUUAUCUGCAGCUAUUUGGCGGAUAAGUAUGCCCCGGAGGGCAAUGACUCCCUGUAUCCACGGGAUCCGGAGAAGAGGCGGCUGGUGGAUGCCCGUUUGUACUACGAUUGCGGUCAUCUGUUCCCGCGCAUCCGAUUCAUCGUGGAGCCAGUGAUUUACUUCGGAGUCGGUGAGGUGCCCGCCGACCGAGUGGCGUAUCUUCAGAAGGCCUACGAUGGCUUGGAGCACUGCCUGGCUGGAGGAGAUUACCUAACGGGAGACAAACUGACCAUCGCGGAUCUUAGCUGCAUCGCCUCGGUUUCCACGGCGGAGGCCUUUGCGCCCAUUGAGGCGGACCAGUUCCCCCGUCUGGUGGAGUGGGUCAAGCGUCUGCAGGCCCUCCCCUACUACAAGCAGAACAACCAAGAGGGUCUGGACAUGUUGGUGGGCCUGGUUAAGGGACUGGUGACUGAGCGCCAGCAGAAGUAAUUUCAGCCAGCUAAAGAAUUUGUGUGUGAAAUUUUUUUUAUAAUGCAUUUUGUGAACUAAAAUAAUGCUCUUUUUAAUAAAACUUGAUUUGGAAAUAAACCUCAA